AUGGCAGCAAACGGGGCAUCAUGUCUUCACACCUAUCGAGGACUGAUGCUCGGAUCUUUGCCAUUUAAUCCUCACAGACUCACCUGUCGGCGGCUGCCUCUCCUCAAAAAAACGUCUACGUCAACAUGCAAACAAGAUCACGUGAUUACUCAGGCCAUCGAUGAGGAAACCAUACCCAACUAUCGUCGAACCGACUAUUACUCCAAUCACCCAGGCAAAGUACUUCACAACAAAUACGAGACAAUCACAAAGUUAGGAUGGGGUUUUGGCUCUACUGUCUGGCUGGCAGAGGAUUUACGGCGACCUGAAGACCAGACCGAUGCACCUCGUUACGUUGCCAUUAAAAUAGGGACUCGUACCUAUGGUAGCACGUCUGCUGCAGAGCACGAACUCAAGCUCUCUCAAUGGAUUGCUACAGCUAAUCCUUCGCAUCCUGGCGCCGGGUAUAUUAGAACUCCAAUCGAUAACUUCAAAAUCGAUGGAAGCCAUGGGCCGCACAUCUGCUUGGUAUAUCGUCCUAUGAGAGAAACAAUGCUUGACUUCCAAAACCGCUUCAGGAAUCAGCGAUUUCCGCCAAAAAUCCUCAGACUCUACAUUGCUCUCCUCUUACAAGGCUUGAAUUACCUCCAUUCUGAAUGUCACCUCAUUCACACUGAUCUCAAAUCUGAUAACGUCCUGGUCGACUUGGAAAACGAAAGUGUCCUGGAAGACUUCGUUCAACAGCAGAAGCAGUCAUACCUUCCCCGACAUGUCACGGAUGAUGGACACAGUACAUAUCUAUCACAGAGUGAUUUUGGGCCACUUCGAGACUACUUCAUCCUCCCAGAGAUUGCCGACUUGGACCUUGCCCAAUUUGGGGAGGGUCUCGCGCGUAUUCAUCCUGUACAGCCUCACCGCUACCGCGCCCCUGAAGUCAUUCUAGGAACUACUUGGUCGUAUAGCGCGGAUAUAUGGAACUUAGGAGUGUUAAUAUGGAAUAUGAUGGAGGGCAAAGACUUAUUUACAAACCUCAAGAAUGAGGAAGGAAACUACAAUGCGCAUGCCCAUCUGGGACAAAUGAUUGCUCUAUUAGGGCCACCCCCAACGGUACUCCUGAAACGUGAGAACGCAUCCAGAAAGUUGACUUUCGAACCGGAGAUUCAAAACCCAGAAGGGCAAUCGUGUAAAAAUGCCUUUGAAUACUUUGUGGACCUUUCUUUGAUGACUAUGCAAGUAGUUUGGGUGGCACUCAAAUGCAGUGAUUUCGCAGACUCUUGA